UCCUAUAUUUCCGUUUAUUCUAUUUUUUAUUAUGUAUAUACAACGCAAUAAUUUACCAUAUAGUGUAGAAAUCUUCUUAGGAUAAAAUCUGAUCAUUAACUAAUUAAUAAUUUAUUCAGUUUUGCUUACUACGAGAAAAUAUCUACUCUCUGAGCCCUGACAGAAUGCUGGUUCAGUGGCGUGGUCAGUCGUAGGCGUGGGCAGUUAGAGUAAUUAGACGUUCAAGUUAACGUGUAUUUUGUAGUUUGUAUAAAGUGAUCUCCUAUUCCUGGUAGAAUGGCUUAUGGAAUUAGUUUUCGUACUUUAUUGCCAGUAUUAUUCGUUCUCUGUUGUAUUCAACAAGGAUUGUCUAUCAAGUGUUGGGUCUGUAGAUCUGACUCAGAUCCAAAAUGUGCAGACCCCUUUGAUAAUACCACUGUACCCAUCACUGAUUGUAAACAAGAACCCGAUUUGGAGCACUUACCUGGUGUAAGACCUACUAUGUGUCGUAAAAUCCGCCAGAAAGUCAAUGGUGUAUGGAGAUAUUUUCGUAGUUGUGCUUACAUGGGAGAACCUGGGAUUGGAGGUGAUGAGAGAUUUUGUCUGAUGAGAACAGGAACGUACAACAUAUUUAUGGAAUAUUGCACAUGCAAUAGCAAAGAUGGCUGCAACACAGCAUCUUAUAAUCAUGGAAGUAUAUUUGCCUCUGUAUUAGCUUUAGUAAUUUCAUUGAGAUACGUACUUUGUUCUACUUAACAAACUUAACCAAAGAUAGAUUGGAUUAUGCGGAUUGAUAGAUCUGAGUAAACAAUAGGAUAUUUGAUCAUACCUUCUUACAAUACAGAAAUCUCUUCGUACUUAUUAAUUGACAAUCUUAUGAUCUGAACUUCAGGGAAAUAGAAUGCUUCGAUUGAAAUUAGGGAAUGUUGUUUAUAAAGAUUCAUAUAUCAUUGAAUAAUCUUUUUUACUAAGUAUACAUAAAAGUGCCUAUUUGUGCCUUUUUAGAGGAAUGAUAAAUGACAAAAUAUUUCUAAGGCUUUUUUUACCACCUGUACAAUACUAUAAAAGUACAUUUUAUUACAUCUCUUUUAUGAAUAUUUAACUUCAGACCAUUGCAUAUAUUUUUAUUGAUAGAAUGUAAUUUGUUUUUAACAUGAAAGAAGAUGCUUAAUCAUAUUUCUCAGAUUAGAUUUGCUUAGUACAAAAUAUAAUUGCUAACCGUCCAUGCAUCGAACUGAUGUUGAUAUCACUUCAUGAAUAAGAUGAAUAAGACUGUUAAUACCGUCCAUUUUAAAAUCGUGAAUUUAGCGUUAACGUGAGGUGACGUCGCUUUUUAUAUUUUUAUAUGUAUACUUUCUAGAAGUGUAGUUAGUUAUUAAACAGGAGGGAAAUAAAAAAUACCAUUACUUACAGAAA